GGAUCCUUAAAAGGGCCCGGCAGCCCCAUCACGGGCAUUCUCGGACCCUCUGAGGAUUCUGUGGGUGCAGCUCCCGCGUCGUCCCACAGCAUGAGAUUCUCGGCUCUCCUCUGGCUGGCGGCUCUGGCGGGGGCCCUGGUCUCUGCCGAAGGUGACUCCUCGGAUCCUGCCCCAGGGGCUGCGGCCGCCGACCCCGGAGGCUCGACACCCGCCGCGGACCCCGCUGCGCCCCAAAAGGCGGCCCAGGAGCCCGAGGGCUCUACCCCGCAUGGAGAGGACCAGAGCCCACUGAAAUCCCUGGUAAGCAGAGGUCUCACGCUCGCGGGACAUGGCCUAGAAGGAGCAGAAAAAAGGCUGGAUAAGGGACGUCAAUUCAGGAAAAAUCUUUAUGACCGUGGAGCCGAAUUUGGACGAAAUCUGAAAAAGCUUGUUCCACAAUUCAAUUAGAUGGAGUCUGAGACGCCGAAGAGGAGGGGUCCCGGGACUCCAGGCCUCAGCCGCGCCGCAGCCCCACGUGAUUAAACUGAAGCAUCCCACU